AUGCUUGACACUGGUGCAGAAAUGUCCAUUACCAACGUCAAACAUGAUUUACACCCCAACUGCCCUCAGUGUGUGGUGAUCGCUUUCCGCCAGAAACCACCCAGCCAAUUAUGGACACUGUCCAGAAAUUCAAAAUGCAACAAUGCCUUCUGGCCAGUGAAGAAGGAGGACACCAAUGCAUGGAGGCUCACCAUAGACCUCUGGGUCCUUAAUAAGUACACCCCAAUGUCCGCUCUGGUGGUGGCACAGACUCACGGCAUUAUGGCCAGAAUAAGAGGCAAAAGUUGCGACACAAUGACCUCCAGUACACAAGAAGUGAAGCUUAUCCUGGAAGGACUUGUCUCCAUUGCUUCCAAGAGCCUACAGAAGAUAGAUCUCCAGGAGAUCUUCCAUGUCAUACAGGAGCUUGGAAAGGGUGGCUAUGGUUCUGUGCUGAUGGUAAAAGACAAGAAAACCGAUCAAAAAAUGGCCUUAAAGGUCAUGGACAAGAAGAAAACAUCUAAAUUAUGCUUCCUCAAGGAGUUCAGCAUGUCUUUCUUCCUCUCAUCCCAUCCCAACAUUAUUGAAACAUAUGGCAUUGCCUUCAAGACUGGAGACUCCUUUGCCUUUUCCCAGGAGCUGUCGGUGGCUGGUGAUCUCUUCUCUCUUAUUCCACCCAAUAAUGGACUUCCAGAAGACAUCGUAAAGAGAUGUGCGGUGCAGAUCUCCAGUGCACUGGACUUCAUAGACAGGAAAGGCCUGGUGCAUCUAGAUAUCAAACCUGAAAACGUCCUGGUGUUUGAUAAGGACUGCCACUGUGUUAAACUAACUGACUUUGGUCUUUCACGGUUAAAAGGAACAGUAACUACAGUCAGGUCUGGCAGUAUCUCAUAUAUGGCCCCGGAGAUGAGCCAACUCAUCAACCAGGACACUUUGCUUGUAGACUCCACACUGGACGUGUGGUCCUUUGGUAUUGUUCUUUACUGCUUGCUCACGGGUGACUUUCCAUGGCAGUCAGCAGUUUCCACAGACAAAGACUAUAAUUGUUUUGUUGAAUGGCAAAAUAAUUUUGAGAGUCUUGAGCUGCCAGCACCAUGGAGAAGACUUUCACUUGGAGUAGUGAAGAUGUUCCAUGGUCUUUUAGCCAUAGACUGUAAAAAGAGGGACAAAUCAACUGGAGUCUUGAUGUUCUUGGGUGAAUACUGGAAAGAACAAAUUUCAGAGUCAACAGAAGGAACCUUGGGCCAUGCAGAUACUUCCAAAGUGAAUUUGUCUGAGGAAUCUGCCAGGAUUGCAACAGACGCCUCCGUCAGCAGUGUGUCCACCACUUCUCUUCUAAGUGCCAUGUCCUGUUAUUUGACCUCUGACAGCUUUGAGUCUGAGAGAGAAGAACCUCCAAAGGAUUUGAAGGAUAAUGUCCUCAAUCCACCAAUACAUAUAGAUGAUGAGAAAUCAGUCCAUGUUGGGGCAGAGGUGGAAAUUGGAUAA